UUGAACAUUUCUCCUAUUCUCAGAAGCCUGCCGGUACGAGAACAAUAUCCGUAUCCCUCGUCGGCAUGACACCAUCAAUAAGUGCUUCAAAACGUUGCGGUGACUUCGGCGCCCAUGAUUGCGUGGUUGAGCACGUCCCUUUGGUGAACGCCUCAUCUUUCCAGUAUUUAACCAGUUCGGUAUACCCCAACAUGGUUUCAAGGCAAUGGGAUGGCUGUUUAGUGCACGCUGACAUGGCCGUCGAUGAAUCAGAUACGCUAUGCGGUACUUCGAAAGCGCCGUCUCUAGAACACAUGAUUGUUGAAAACAUCAUUACGUCUGUCGCCCAUUACCGAAACAUUUCUCUGAAGAAGAAUAAGGCAAUGGACGCUGGUUAUGGGGAUCCAAUCAACGAGACAUUUUCAGGUAGUCUUGGACGGCUGCAGAGUGGUCUGACAGACGUGGCACUAGCCGCAUACGCCCUGACAUCAAAUCGAGUACGUCUCUUACAGCCCUCAGCGCCUUUCCUCGAUGUGACUGCCCGAGUGCAUGUUCGAGUCCAAUGUUCCGACACUAGUGACCAGCUCUUAUCUGUCAGUGCCAGGUAAAGU